UGGGAGGGGGGACCCCAUGCUGUUUAUUUAUUAUGGUGCUGGUUUUUAAAUCCUAAUUCUCCCUUUUUUUUCUUCACUAUAGCUCAGAAAUUCACUUAUCACCAGUUAAAAGAGAAAGUUUUCUUGGAAUUUAUAUCCCUAAAGGAAACAAUGUUUACUUUGAGAUUAUUAAAAGAUACAAAUUUUUUUGUAACUUCGGGGAAAGUGACUUCUAAGCAUGUGAACUAUAGUGAAGAAAAAAAAAAAGGCUGGCAUUUGCAUUUGAAAAUCAGCGCUGACAUACACUUUGUAUUG